GGAGUGCUGCUGGUGCUGCCGCCGCCUGCUGACGGAGAGUGGAAGGAACACAACAUACCGAAAACAACGGAGUUAUUUGUACGCUAUGCGUGCCAAACAUAAAGCAUAAAAAGCAAGAACACCGCACCCACCACUGAAGGAGUCCGUACGCUUCGCUGUCGUUUCCACCAGUUUCCACAAGCUGCAACAGCCAUGCAGGCCGACAACGAGAAUAAAGCACAAGCGGGCAGUUCACACGCCAGAGACGACCUUUCCCCACUUCAAAAGUACAUGCAGAUGUCUACAGAGCUAAAGGCUGAACUGAAGAGCACAAAACAGCAGUUGGAGUCCUUGGAAACCUUACGCCGUGCCACAGUGGACAGCCUGACCAAGCAAGCAGAGGCUCUACCAGUCGAUUCCCUCAUCAAAUAUACGGGGGCACUGGUUCAAAUACUCAUUAAUAGGCACAACAUAUCUUUUGAUUCUAACAAAGAAGAGCUAAUAAGGACUAUCACGGCACGGAUGAACGAGAACAGGCUGCCAGUACAAAAGAGACCGGGCAUCGGAGUAGCCGUCUUUGUACUCAGUGAGAAACAUCCAGAAAGUGUUCUCUUGGGACGCAGGAAAGGAUCUGUAGGACAAGGACUCUACCAGGUGCCUGGUGGACACCUCGAGUUUGGGGAAAGCUGGGAACAAGCAGCAUACAGAGAAACGUUGGAAGAGACUGGAUUGCACAUCCACAACAUCACCCUCUGCUCAAUCAUGGACACGAUCCAGAAGGAGGAUGACUACCAUUACCUCACGGUCUUCAUGCGCGGAUACGUUGAUGAAACGAGAGGUUCCGAGCCACGUAAUCUGGAGCCACACAAGUGUGAAGGCUGGCACUGGUGGAAAUGGUCUACAAUUCCAACACCCGACCUUCUAUUCUGGUGUCUCAGAGAUUUCAAAGCAAAAAAUCUAAACCCUUUCUAAAGUUCUUGUUAGAAUGCGAAGUGUAUAAUAAACCUUUUUUUAUUUUG